GAAAGUGAAAGUGUGUGCCCCUUUAAGGAAAGCAACGUUUCGACGCUAUCCCCUAUAUGUUAUGUUAUGUUAUUUUCUUUUUUGUGUAUAGGAACGAAAAAUCGACAUUCUUUUGACCGCGGUAACAAUGAAAGAUUAACAUGAUGUGUGGACAUAUCGUGACGCAGCAGAUAGGCUACUGUAGGCCUGUACUGUAUGCAGACAUGUAUGAGACGAGCCGCUUGAAUUAGAAUGAAUCAGUUUGCACUUUUGAUGCCUGCUGUGUGAUGUCCCACUAUGUUUUACUGAAUAGCAGAGAGACGAUUUAACUUCUAACCUGAAGAAUCAGAUUGAGUUUCACUGAAGAACAACACAGAAGACAAAGAUGGCAACUGCAAGCAGCAAUGAGUUUCUGCUUGUUGUCCCUGAAACAGCUCAGAGAACUAUAGUUUACAUAAGGGAUGAAUUGACUAUACCAUGUCACCUGUCACCUGAAAUCAGUGCUGUUGAGAUGGCGAUCAGAUGGUUUAAGGAGACAGAGUGUGUGUGCAUCUAUAAGAACAGACAGAUGAUUGAAGGGAGAGGCUACGAGGACAGAGUGAAUCUGUUCACUGAGAAGCUGGAGAAAGGAGAUGUUUCCUUAUCACUGAAAAACUUCAGAUCGUCUGAUCUGGGAGAUUAUGUCUGUCAAGUCACCAGUGGAGUCAAAACAGAGGAGAAAACAGUAACAUUUUUAUCAGCCAGGUUAUUUGGAGUUGAAUAUUUAAUGACAGAGAUAAACAGAACAUGGACUGAAGAGGAGAAAUUAAAAAUGUAGGCGUCUGCUCUAAUGGCAGAGUUUGAAAAAAACAAGAAUCCUGAAGAGUUGAAAAGACUUCUCACAGAAAGAAACAAACUCAUACAGGAGAAAGAGAAUAUUCUUUUAGAGAGCAAACAGACACUUCAAACGAAGGACAUGGCGUUAGAGGAAAAGGAAAGACAUCUUAAAGACAUGAGUGAUAAACUGCAACAAACAAUCAAAGAAUUUGAGAAGACACAGAGUCAGCUUCAGGAGAAAGAGACACAAAUGGACAAUAUGAGCAAACUGAUGAUUGAGAAAGAGAGACUGCUGGAGAACACAGUCAAAGAACUGGAAACCAGUAAACAUCAACUGGAGACACUGGGAAAUGAACUACAAGAGAUGAAGACACAACUGGAUGAACAGAAAACUAAAUUCACUCAUCAGGAGAAAACACUACAAGAACACAAACAACAGCAGCAACAAUCUGAUCAAGAAAACAAAAAUCUGCAUUCUGAAUUAGAACGACUGAAAAGUGAAUCAUCUACACAUUUAUCUGAGUUGAAUGAAAAAUGCAAAUGUUUGGAAGAUAUGGAGAAACUUUUAGGUGAAAGAGACGCACACAUUAAAGAUCUUGAGAAAAGCAAAGAAACAGCUUUAGAGGAAAAGGACAAACUUCUAAAUAAAUCAAAUGAUAAACUAUUACAAACAACCAGAGAGAUUAAGGAAAAACAAACAGAAAUUGAAGAGAAAACUAAACUAAUGAGUGAGAAAGAGAGACUGCUGGAGAACACAGUCAAAGAACUGGAAACCAGUAAACAUCAACUGGAGACACUGAGAAAUGAACUACAGGACAUGAAGACACAACUGGAUGAACAGAAAACUAAAUUCACUCAUCAGGAGAAAACACUACAAGAACACAAACAACAGCAACAAUCUGAUCAAGAAAACAAAAAUCUGCAUUCUGAACUAGAACGACUGAAAAGCGAGUCAUCUACACAUUUAUCUGAGUUGAAUGAAAAAGGCAAACGUUUGGAAGAUACGAAGAAACUUUUAGGUGAAAGAGACGCACAGAUAAAAGAUCUUGAGAAGAGCAAAGAAACGGCUUUAGAGGAAAAGGACAAACUUCUAAAUAAAUCAAAUGAUAAACUAUUACAAACAACCAGAGAGAUUGAAGAGAAAAAUAAACUGAUGAUUGAGAAAGAGAGACUGCUGGAGAACACAGUCAAAGAACUGGAAACCAGUAAACAUCAACUGGAGACACUGAGAAAUGAACUACAGGAAAAUAAAAGCCAACUACAACUACUGCUGGAGAAAAACAAACUACUGAAGAGUUCUGAAACAUCAGUCUCAACAACACCAGUAAGAAGAACAAGGAGCAUGGACUGGAACCCUCCAAUAAUGAGUGCAGAAUCAGGGCUCAGGUUGGUUCUGCUGGGGAGUGCUGGAUCUGAGAAGAGUACAUCAGUAAACAUCAUCCUAAACAGAGAGGAGAAGAUCCAGACUGAUACAUCAACAGAGAUCCAGCAGAGUGAGAGCAGACAGGGGGAGGUGAAUGGGAAGCAGCUGACUGUUGUGGAAACUCCUGACUGGUUUUGCUCUGGUCUCUCUCUGGAGGAGGUGAGACAGGAUGUGAGACUUUGUGUCUGUCUGUCUGCUCCAGGACCUCACGCCUUCCUCCUGAUCAUACCAGUACAACAAUCUACUGGAGUAGAGAGAGCAAUGCUGGAGAAAAUGGAGGAGAUUUUUGGGGAGAGAUGUUGGAGGAACACCAUGAUCCUUUUUACUGUUACUGAUGAAGAACAAGAGAAGAACUUUGACGAUUUUGUCCAGUCAGGGAAUCAGGAGGUCCAGAGACUUGUAGAGAAAUGUGGGAACAGGUUUCACUGUCUCAACAUUCAUCAGAGUGGAGAUGAUUCACAGAUCUCAGAGCUGCUGGAGAAGAUUGAGAAUAUGGUGGAAGGAAACACACAUAGAUUUUACAGCAGUGAGAUCUACCUGGAGAUUGAGUCUCAGAUCAGAGCGAUGGAGAGAAAGAUCAUCAGAGACAGAGAGGAGAGAAAAGAGAGGGAGGAGAGAGAUAUCAGAAAUGAUGUGCAGAUGUCCCUUCGAAAAAUAGAGGGAACGAUAGAGAAACAUGAAGGAGAUAUUAAACAACUUGAUGGGCGAACAGGUGAACUAGAGAGACAGAUGAGAGAAGAAAAAGAUGAAGAGAAAAAGAAGGAACUAAAGAGAGAGUUGGACAAAGAGGUGGAGAAGAGAUCAGAGCUGGAGAAAGAGAUUGACAUACUGAAGGAUCAAAGAGAGAAGGAGAAGAGUGAGAUGGAGGAGAGACACAGACAGGAGAAGAAGAUCAUCAGACAAACAGAGAGAAACAUCAUGAGGAUCAUCCUACCUGAACUUCAGAGAAACAUUUUAGACUCAAAGUUAAAGAUGCAGGAGGAGUUUAACAGACAGAUGGAGGAGACGAACAGAGAGAUGGAGGAGAAGAACAUAGAGAUAGAAACUAUAAAAAAUAAGCUCUUAGAACUCAAUGAGAAUUACUUGUCAGUGUGUGAUUUUCAUAAUUCAGCAAUGAAGAUCCUAAAACCCUCUAUGUUACCUGAGGAGAGAGAAUAAAUAUGACAGUUAAUAUAAUUAGUGUCCGAUAAUGAGCUCAAACUCAUCCAAAGAAUUUUUGACACAAAAUAAUUUUAAAUGCUUCUUUAUACAAGUAAAAAAAAACAAAUAAAUAGAGCACUUUGAGUGUAGUGCUAUUAAAUUUUAACACUUUGAAAGACCAGGGACCUAUGCUUGAAUCCUGUUUGUGGACUUCAGCUUGGCCUUCAGUACAAUAAUACCAGAUAUCUUUCUGACUGAACUUACCCAUCUCUCUGUACCCACCUCCACCUGUCUGUGGAUUACAAACUUCCUGACAGACAGACAGCAGCUAAUGAAACUGGGAAAGUUCACCUCCAGCAUCUGUACCAUCAACACUGGUGCUCCUUGGGUCUGUGUGCUUUUUCCACUUCUUUUCUCUUUAUAUAACAAUGACUGCAUUUCAAAAGACCCCUCUGUCAAGCUUUUGAAGUUUGCAGUUGACACCACAGUCAUCGGCCUCAGUCAGGACAGUGAUGCAUACAGAAGAGAAGUUAAACAUCUGGCUGAAUGGAGAAGUUAAAACAACCUUGAGCUGUAUACGCUUAAAACUGUGGAGAUGACAGUGGACUUCAGUAGGAACCUGCAUCACUCCUUCCCCUCAUCAUUUUCAACAUCACUGUAGCAGAUGUGGGGUUAUUCAGGUAUUUGGGCACUAACAUCUCAUGCUGUGUACGUUUUACGGUCUGGUUUGGUCCAUAAGGAGUCUGCAACUACAGUAACUGUAAAGACAGCUGAAAGGAUAAUUGGUGCACCCCUGCCCAACCUCCAGGACUUGUACAUCUUCAGAGUGAGGAAUCUGGCAGGUAACCUCAUUAAAAACCCCUCAGCCUAUGCCACAACCUUUUAGCCCUCAGACAGAUGCUACAGAUCCUUGUCCAAAAAACACAGGAAAAAUUUCUUUCCACAGGGCAUUUCUACAUUUACUAUAAUCACACUUAUAACUACAGCUGCUACUGCUUUAAAGUGCAUUAUUCUACCUUUAAAGUGUUAUAUACUACAACAGCUGCUUUAAGUGCAAUACUCUAUGCAAUAGUGCAAUAUCGAUGUCAUGCAUAAUUAUGUAAACACAUAUAUCUAUAUAUAAAUGUUGUCGUAAUUAUUUACAGUUGUAAAUGUACAGCAUACACUAAACAUGACCAUCCGUAAACUUCCACUUUAUUUUUAAAUCUACAUAUUUCAUUUAAAUUAAUUAAUACUAUUUUUUGCAGUAUCUUUUCAAAAAGUACACCUUUUUUACCUAAAAGGUGCAUAUUGGUACCUCAGUAGUACACACUGGUACCUUAAACUGACUUGAAAUAGCUAAUGGACUCCGUGCACAUAGCCUCGUCAGGCACGGAUUAACGCACGGGCCUACUGGGCACUUGCCCAGGGCACUGGGCCAGCAGGGGGCCCUGUCAAAUUUACUUUGUCUAUUAUUUUCAAAUAAAUAUUUUAAUUUUAUGUUCAGUAAAGUUGUGUUAAAUAUUGAAGAAUAAUGUAGGUUUUUUUGCAGUUGCAAAAGUAUUAACUAGUAAAUAAAUCAAAUAAAUAAUUUUAAUCUAUUGCUGCGCUGUUGAGAGAGACAUCUAGAGGCGAGUGAAAAGCAUUGCGUAAUAUAAAAGUCACGCGUAGAAGAUGAUUACUCAAAAACGAAAACAUGAGUUUUAAACCACAACCAAGUGGAUCAGUGAUAAAAAAGCACAAAAGGACAGCUUUUCCUCACCCUGCCAGUCAGCAACUGUGAAGGAGAACGUUCAUUUUCUCUAAUGGCAAGAGUAAAAAACGAACUAAGACGCAAAAUGUGUCAAGGACGUAUAUUCACUGUCUUUAGGGGCUGGACACACAGCUUUUACGCCCGCGGCCAGCGCAUGUUUUCAAUUGAUUCCAUUGGAAACUGCGUUUUUCAAAUAAGCAAGCAGCUAGCGGGUUUUUUCCGCACUGAAAACAGGUGUUGUGUCGGACUCAGUUCCCCUAUGUUUCCCUUUAGUGUAGUGGUUUUAUAGCGUUUUCAUCACGUUACAUUUAGAAAGAUUAAAGAUUUGAAUUGGUUAUACUAAAAGGCAAUAAUAUCAUGUAUUUUAUAAUACAAUUUAUUAAAUAUUUUAUACAUUUGACAGUUUUCUAUUAGGGUAUUUCUUUUAAAAUAUAGCCUGUCUUUUUCUUUUUUUCCCUUUACUGGUUGUUUUUAAAAUUUAAUGUUUGCAUACAUAAUAAAUAUAUAUUAUACAUAUAAUAUGAUUCAUACUGUAAAAAUAAUUGACUUACCAUUAAGAACAAUAUAGAUACAUUACAGAAAUGCACACAUAUACAUCUCAGUAGCCUUUAAAACUUUAAAUAUAUAAAUAAUAAAACUUAAAAACGCUAUAAAAAACACUACACUGAAGGGAAAAAUAGGGGGAACAUAGGGGGAACAGACUUCGACACAACACCGGCGCUCUGGGUUUUUUCAGCACUGAGCGCUGAGAGUUCAAAAAUAUUCAACCUUGAGUGAAAUCUCCGCUCGUCAAUGUCAGUUCUCACACGGCCGUCCAAUUACAGCGGAGGAGGGGCGGGACAUUACCACAGCAACCAACCGGCUUACAGCUGAAGUAUCACAGCUACCCAAGCGCUCGCCUGAAAAACAGCUGGCAUUCGGCUUCCUCAAGGCAUUUUCAGCCGUGUUUAAAAGUUUUGCCGUGUCCAGCCCCUAAAUGCCUGUGGUGAACGACUGUUACACAUGAAAUGUAAUGAAAUGUCUGCUAAAUGUAGAAAUGUAAAAUAUUUAUGGAAUUUUCUUCCUGUGAUAUGAUUUGGAGAGGUCAGAAUCUUUUUGAUUGAUGUUUUACAGUAUGAUGUAUGUUGACAGAUACUGGUAAGAUAUAAAUAAACCAAUUUGUGGUGUGAAAGUACAGAAUAUUGUGUGCAUUCUCUCCCCGUGUAUUAGUGCCAUUGUUAAUCCAUUGUUAAGAUGGGGCAUACAGGCAGAGGCGAACCAACACUUGAGCUCUGUGCAUACAGGUGCAACGCUGUUGCCCAAAAAAUUAGUAAAGGGGGCCUUUGAGACAUCCGUGCCCAGGGCACAUCAUCGCCAUAAUCCG